AGUCACCAUUCACAAAUCAAAACCAAAGAGAGAGAGGAACACAAAUUAGGGAGGAGCAGAAGCCCUAGAAGAGAAGGAAGCGGAGAGGAGUAAUGGCGACCUCUGCAAUCCAACGCUCAGCUUUCGCAGGCCAGACAGCUUUGAAGCAGCAGAAUGAGCUGGUGAGGAAGGUCGGCACCUCCGGUGGCCGCAUCACCAUGCGCCGCACAGUUAAAAGUACUCCACAGAGCAUUUGGUACGGCCCAGACCGGCCCAAAUACUUGGGCCCAUUCUCCGAGCAGACUCCAUCUUACCUGACUGGUGAGUUCCCUGGAGAUUACGGGUGGGACACUGCCGGGCUAUCAGCUGACCCGGAGACCUUCGCCAAGAACCGUGAGCUUGAGGUUAUCCACAGUCGGUGGGCAAUGCUCGGCGCACUCGGUUGCGUCUUCCCUGAGAUCCUCGCAAGGAACGGUGUCAAAUUUGGCGAGGCAGUAUGGUUCAAAGCCGGUGCUCAGAUCUUCUCCGAGGGCGGACUUGACUAUCUCGGCAACCCGAACUUGAUCCAUGCCCAGAGCAUCCUUGCAAUAUGGGCCGUACAAGUUGUGCUCAUGGGCUUUGUUGAAGGGUACCGAGUUGGUGGAGGCCCACUUGGGGAAGGAUUGGACUCUCUCUACCCAGGUGGAGCAUUUGACCCACUGGGCUUGGCUGAUGAUCCAGAGGCAUUUGCGGAGUUGAAGGUGAAGGAGCUCAAGAAUGGCAGGCUGGCUAUGUUCUCCAUGUUUGGCUUCUUCGUACAGGCUAUUGUGACAGGGAAAGGUCCGAUUGAGAACCUUUUCGAUCACCUCGCUGAUCCGGCGGCGAACAAUGCGUGGGCUUACGCGACUAACUUCGUCCCUGGAAAGUGAAUUUAACUGAAAAACUCAAGCCCCCAUAAUUGGUAUGUGCAACUGUUGUUAUGUAGUUUUCUAAUGUUUGUUCAAUAAUGAAUAUGUAAUUUCAUGGGUAGAUGAAUGCUUGACUUGUAUCUAUUUUCAGUGAUUUAAAUAAAAGACAUUGCUUCUGGAGA